AAGCCCUCCUCGCCCUGUUCCUGAAGCGGCGGCGGCGGCGGCGGCGCCUGUGGCUGUGGCUGGGCUUGGCGUUGAGAGAGAGGGAAGAAGCGCUGGAGGAGUAGGAGAGCGGCUGGAGAGGGCCCUUCCACCUGGGCAGCUGAGCCUUUGCCUCUGCCUCGGGAGGAGGAGGAGGAGGAGGAGGAGGAGAAGGGGCUGCUGGUGUUGGUGCUUCUCCCUGGACCCCCAUUGCCUCUUCUUCCCAGUGGCCACCCCCAGUUCAUGGAUUAUCUGAAAAUGUCUGAAUGUAUCCAGCUUUCAUUUGCUGUUUGUAGAAUUGGCAUUUACACGUGUUUCCGAGCGCUUUGCUGCAAAGGACCUCCGCCACCACGGCCAGAGUAUGACUUGGUUUGCAUAGGUCUCACUGGCUCUGGGAAAACUAGUUUACUGUCACACCUCUGCAGUGAAAACAGAGAGAAUAUAGUGUCAACAACAGGUUUUAGCAUAAAAGCAGUGCCAUUCCAGAAUGCCAUCUUGAAUGUAAAAGAACUUGGAGGGGCUGACAAUAUCAGGAAGUACUGGAGCCGUUACUACCAAGGAUCUCAAGGUGUAAUCUUUGUAUUAGACAGUGCCUCUUCAGAAGAUGAGUUAGAAAUUGCUAGAAAUGAACUGCAUUCUGCGCUUCAGCAUCCACAGUUAUGUACUUUGCCAUUUUUAAUAUUGGCCAAUCACCAAGACAAGCCAGCAGCUCGUUCUGUACAAGAGAUAAAAAAAUAUUUGGAACUUGAACCACUUGCACGAGGAAAACGCUGGAUACUUAAGCCUUGUUCCUUGGACAACAUGGAAGCCGUAAAAGACAGCUUCGGCCUGCUCAUAAAUUUACUAGAAGACAGAGACCUUGAGCCUUCGAGAAUGUGAAGACAACUCGAACUGUUCUCAGAUAGCAUUGUACUGGUUUGUUUUGCUCCCAGAUGAAAAAUGGUUUGGUAUAAAGAAGACUAUAUUAGAGCUUGCAAUAAAUAUAUUUUUGCAUUUA